AUGAGGUUACCCAACUGCCUUUUGGUGCAGACAGACGCCAGGCCACAUGGAGGGGAUACCGGGCUGCAUCUCGACACCCAGGCCCCCCGCAGCCUCCCUGCCAUCUUCCCAGGCGAUAAGGGAACGGUGGGUCCCACAGGGCUCGCAGCCUCUGCCUGCAGGGGUCGCACUCGGAGCGCGUCCCGCCCCCUCCUCCCCGGCCCCCGCCCCCGGCCCCGCCUUUCUCGCGUUCGGCCCCCGCCUGGCCGGGCCCCUCCAGCCUCUCCUCGCGCAGCCGCCGCCAAAGCCUGGAGAAGUGGAAUCUCGCCGGCGCCGCUGCCUGCGCUGGACUCGCGGAGCGGCACUGGGCAUGCUCAGUCGCCGGAGCCCGUCCUGGUCUCAACCUCGCUUUCUUCCUUGCUUUUGCCCUGGACCCCGGGGCGGCCCGGGAGUGCCGGCGAGAGACCCGGGCAGCGGCAGCGGCGUGCGACGAGUGGCUGCGCGGCCCCGGCCGCCCGCCCCGCCGCAGCCACAGCUGCAGCAGCUGCCACCGCAUCUGCAGCGGGCGCCGGUUCCCGAGUCCGGUGCGCCCUGCGCUCGCGCCGCAGGGCCGGCCGGGUGGCACGGCGACUGCGGGCUCACUCCUUGACUUCCAUCCCUCUUGCUUCCCGGCGCUCUCUUUCCCUCGGCAGCCCGGGUUUGGCAGGGCCUGGGGGGGGAGAGGGGGUUGGAGGGGGUGCGCCCGGGUGGGGGCUGCGGAGGGGAAAAGUGAGGGCGGGCGCCGGCGGGGAAGAGCGCACACCCCCUUCCCUGGCACCGGCCUCGGCUGUGCUGUUGGGCUCUUCCUCCUGGGGCGGCAGCGCGCUCCUGCCGGGGAGUUGGAGACGGCGCUGGCUUCUUGGGGUUUCAGACGCUAGCAAUCGGGAGAUCAAAGGGGGAAAAGUUCAUUUCCCCCUCGGAGGCAGAGAGCGUUUUAACUAGAAAAUGGCUGUGCGAGGGGGACCGAAUGGGGGAAGCCGGCCCUUGGUCCUGGAGGCUCCUCCGCUACCCGCCGGGCGGAAUGGAGGGGGUGACGAUGGAAAUGACAUUUGUGCGGUGAAAACAGUGCUGGUGGGAGGCAGGGAUGCGGAGUCCCCAAGAAACAAUGCGAGGUGGUCUAGAACGCGCCGAAGCUAUCUAGAACCGAGGGGGCAGGGAGCGAAGGGCCGAGGGAGUGUGGGACUUGAACUAAACGCAAAUAAAUGGGAGAAAUCAGAUUGAGAGUUGUAGCCGUUUUGUAGUCAAGUUCUGCGCAGCUGAGAGCCACGACUGUCACAAACGUUUUUGGAUGGAUGGAGUGGUUGGGAGAACCCAGACUGAGAAGAGAGUAAGACACAGGGUCGACAGCUCCGGCGAGGCUGGGCUCUUUAAGAAGUCCUCAGUCACGGGCUUUCCAUCGCGCCUGGUGACUUUAGUGAAAUACCUGAAGGAUUAUCAUUAAAUGAUGCCAGCGGUGCUGUCUCAGUUCCAAGAAAUGCGGAAACUUUGCGAGGUUGGCAUUGGUUUGUCAUUUGUUGUAAUAUUUAAGUGAUUUAAACCAGCACACAGUGGCAUCCUGAUCUGUUGUUUGGUCUUUGGGUCUCUUAAGCCUCGGAUUUAUUUAUUUAUUUUUCUUUCUUCCUAGUCAUGGACUUGUAUUUCAAAUCUUGCCCUCAAAUGGCCAGGAUAAUUAAGGAUAUCUGAUAAUGAAGGAUAUCUGAUCAUUUAGGAUAGCUGGCCUUUCAGGAACAUAAUCUUUGAAGGGGGAUUUCUUUAUGAACUUAAGUGGCAGCUUAGUUGUGUUUUCUGUCUGUAGCUUGAAAACAGUGAUUGUUAAUCAGUUGUUUAUGGUAACUUGCAGAAUCAGGAAUGCACUGAUUUGAGGGGUUGGCAUUGAUGAAAUGGCUGAGGAACCUCGUGGUUGGGGGAGAUGCUGGGAGAACACAGGUGGCAGUAGAGUACAAUGGGCUAGUAGUCAGAACUCCAGGGGAGAAGCAGAUUCAAGACUUCUGUUGCUGUCAUUUUGUCAUCAUCACUGCGUGCCCCCCCCCUCCCAAAUGACUUGGGGUCUUCCUAAUCUAGGGAUGUUCCUAGAUAUUUGCUCAGAGCCUUUGAAAAAGGACUCCAGACCUUUUUUAGGGAAGGAGUUUCUUGAACUUUUAUUCUCUUUUCCAAAGAAUAACUUUUAACUAGAUAAUUCACUCCCAAGGAGGCAGCACACUAUUCAGCACUUUCUGAAACUUGUAUAAAGUGGUAGUGGAAAACUCAAUGAACUGAAGUGUAAAAGACUGGUGCUUUACAUUUAACUGGAGUAAUAUGAGUAAGAGACUACAAAAUUAUUUAAGAAAAGAUUACUAAGGGGCACCUGGGUGG